UUUUGUUCCUCAUUCAAUCUAAUUUCUCUGUUGGGGCGUGUUACGAAUUCCAGUUUCAAUGGCGUCUCUCUUCUCUCCUCCACCAACCCAUUCUCACCGACGCUACUCUCCGCCUUCGCUUCUCUCUUCCGAUCUUCUCGAUCUCUCUCCCCCGGUUACCUCCGACUCUCGCUCCGUCCUCGUCUUCCCAAGAGACUCCGUCAGUCGCCUCUCUCUCUUACAUAUGGGAAUCACUUUCGUGUGACUACAUACGGAGAGUCUCAUGGAGGAGUUGGCUGUGUCAUCGAUGGAUGUCCUCCUCGUAUACCUCUCCUCUCGACAGAGUUGCAAGUGGAUCUUGACAGAAGUGUACCUGCCAGGUCAGAGCCGAUUACUACUCAGAAGGAGACUGAUACAUGUAAAAUAUUUUCAGGAGUCUCCGAAGGACUUACCACUGGAACUCAAUUCAUGUAUUUGGUACCCAAUACUGAUCAAAGAGGAAAUGACUAUAGUGAGAUGUCAUUAGCUUAUAGGCCUUCCCAUGCAGAUGCCACCUAUGACAUGAAGUAUGGUGUCAGAUCAGUUCAGGGUGGUGGUAGAUCUUCUGCAAGAGAAACAAUUGGAAGGGUUGCUUCGGGUGCUGUUGCUAAGAAAAUCCUUAAAGAUUUUUCUGGAACUGAGAUUCUUGCAUAUGUCUCUCAAGUUCAUAAAGUUGUUCUUCCAGAGGACGUUAUUGAUCAUGACACUUUGAUGCUUCAUCAGAUUGAGAGUAACAUUGUUCGAUGUCCAGACCCUGAAUAUGCAGAGAAGAUGAUAGCUGCAAUUGAUGCUGUGCGAGUGAGAGGUGAUUCUGUUGGUGGUGUUGUAACAUGCAUUGUUAGGAACUGUCCUCGUGUAAGUCUUUCCACCUGUCUCUAUCAAGCUGAAAUAAUUUGGCAAGAUAGCAAGUAGAGAUAAAAGCCAUAACAACUGCAAAGGUU